UGAAGACUAAACUGGUUUUAUUUAAUGGAAGCAAUGUUUAGUUUUGUUUUUGUGAACAUCGUUUGAGAAAGUAUUUUUCCUUCAAAAUGUUUUCUAAAUUCUAGUGACUUCUUUUUCUUGAGAAGUCAUUUUAAUAAUUUUUUCUAUUUGAAAAUAAUUAUUUAAAAAUAUUAAAUCUGAACCAUCCAGAUUAGAUCUAGAUGGUCCAAAUUGAGCGCUCAUCACUUGAUGAGCACCAAGACCGGACCUGCACUAAUAAAGUUUUCUCAGUCAUACGUCCUUCAAUUAUGUUUGAAUUGAUUUGACGCGGUCCCAUUAUUUUGUUUUAGUUCUACAAACUACCACCACUAAUAUAUUAUGUGGCCUUAGUUUCUCUCACUGCGACCCACCACCACUCUGAUAUUUUCCUCUGUCAUAUAUAAAAUCUCAUUACCUUCACUUUCAUGGAUAAAAUUCACUUUCAUAGUUACAAUAGUUACCAUGGUAGCUGAAAAAUCUAGCGAUUCCAAUCUUCCUACUACUGCUCUGCCCCUCCUUUGGGAUGAAGAUAACGAAGGCCUAUCCCAAGAGUGUAAAGACCUGAUUGCAACCUUACCCACCGAACGGCAUUUGGCUAUGCACAAACUCUACCAAUAUCAAGGUUUCUGGUUCCCUAAAAUAGUACUUCAAGCACUUCUUAAUUGUCAACACCAUUUUCAAGCCCAUGACUCUGACAUUCUCCUUAUCACUUCACCGAAGUGUGGCACCACUUGGCUCAAAGCCCUCACUUUUGCUAUUCUUAACCGCAAGACCCAUCAUCCAAACCCGACCCGAAUGCCCUCUUCCACUACUCACCCUCUCCUCACUGCCAACCCUCAUGCUUUGGUACGCACCUUGGAGACCACCCUCUACACUGGGCAAACCAAGCCUGAUCUGAGCUUGUUCUCAUCGUCUCCAAGGGUUUUUGCGACACAUCUACCAUAUGUUUUGUUGCCGGAGUCCAUUAAGUUGUCGAGAUGUAAAAUAGUGUACUUGUGCAGAAAUCCCAAGGACCAAUUCAUCUCUGCCUGGCAUUUCCAGAACAUGAUAAGACCAGAAAUCCAAGAGAGCAACAAGAUCGAAGAGUUGUUCGAGCAGUAUUGCAGAGGAGUGGGCCCUUAUGGGCCAUUUUGGGAUCACAUGCUGGAGUACUACAAGAAAAGUUUGGAGAAUCCGAAUAAAAUAAUGUUUUUGAGAUAUGAGGACAUGAAGGGCGAGCCUCAUAGGGUAUUAAAGGACCUUGCUGGGUUCAUAGGGUAUGGUUUUUCUAAGGAGGAGGAGGAUGAUGAUAUUGUGGGUGAUAUAUUGAGGCUAUGUAGUUUUGAGAAUUUGAGCAAUUUGAAAGUGAAUAAAAGUGAGAAAAUGCCACAUGGAAUUGAAAAUAAGGCUUAUUUUAGACGUGGAGAAGUUGGAGAUUGGAAGAAUUUUCUUAAGUUUGAUAUGGCGGAACAACUUGAUGCCAUUAUUCAAGAGAAGUUAGAGAAACAUGGGUUGAAGUUCUAGAUCCAUCCUUGCAGACCAUGGGAGCAUUUUGCAGGGAUCUUGAUGAGGCGUGAAACAGUAGUGAACAUGAAGAAGUAUUGCGGUAACAGGAUUAUAGAGCUUUUGAUAGAUUAUUUUCUGAUCAUGAUAUGUGAGAGCUAUGUUUCCUAUAAUGCAAAAGUUUCGUGAGUUUGAUCAAAGUUUAAGAUUAAUA